CCUUGACUGCAAUCACUAUCCGCAACAGCACGUUGUUCAACGGGUUGCUGCCUUCGACAGCUGACAGCUUCGUGAGCCGCGCGGCUCUGUCAACAAAACCGGUCAACAAACAAAGCAGCCGCUAUUUUCAAACAACGGUCAAACUUUCGUGGCCAAUGAUUGCGGCUUCCGUUCGCCUGUGCACCGCAAAAUGAGCGUCAAAAUGGGAGCGAACGUGUGCCCGAUCACCGAGGAACGGUCGGGCACGGUGCGCGAGGUCGGCGGGCAGGCGGUAUGGAGUCUUUCGUCGUGCAAACCGGGCUUCGGUGUCGAUCAACUGCGCGACAACUCGAUGGAAACGUACUGGCAGUCGGACGGGCAGCUGCCCCAUCUGGUCAACAUACAGUUUCACCGGAAGACGACGGUGAGCCAGAUUUACAUCUACUCCGACUACAAGCUGGACGAAAGCUACACCCCAAGCCGGAUAUCGAUCCGCUGCGGCACGCACUUCAACGAUCUGCAGGAGGUGGAGGUGGUGGACCUGUGCGAACCGUCCGGCUGGGUCUGCAUACCGAUCAAGGAGUACGAGGAGAUGCUGAUGUGCACGUUCAUGAUACAGAUCGCGGUCAUCAGCAACCAUCAGAACGGGCGCGAUACACACAUGCGCCAGAUCCGGAUCCACUCGCCGACGGAGGGUUCGCAGUAUCCACUCGAACAUCACGGCAAGUUUAGCACGAUAGAGUUUUCCCAGUUUAGAACGAUACGCUAGGG